AAAGAUGGCGGUCAUAACAAACUGGUUGAGACGCGCGUCGGCGUUAUUUUUGUUUGUCUUCUUCAGUAUUUCGAUUUGUUUCAACACAGUCUUAUGUGAAGAAGUAAUUCGAGGCAUUGAUCCCAAUACGAUUGCUGAUAGAAAUUCCAAACCAGAAUUAAGAAAAGAAUCUGUAAUGGGUGAUGAAGCAAAUAUUGAUGAUUAUCAUUUGAUGCGUGCUGGAAGAGAACUGAUAGUGAGAGGAAAUGAGAAGAUCCAGUUACAUGUGUUUUGUCACAAAGGAGAGCCCAAGACUCUCACAACUCUCUUCAAGACUAUAGAGAAAAUUGGGAAAAAUGAAGGAUCAAAGCUCUUUCCCUUUUUACUCAAUGUUAAAUCUUUCCGGUGUGAUAAUGAAAUUCCUAAGAAAGGAAGUGGAGUCUAUGUUCAUAUCCACUUCGCUGCCAGAGCUUCUGAAAUUGAUGGAGACAAUUUUCGUCACUAUGAAGGACCAAACUCAUCAUAUGUCAAGCAAGAACACCAAGAAGCCUCGUGGUUGUCCUUUUACCCUUGGCGACUUAGAACUUUCAAAUUAGACUUAUAUAAGGAAUCAGUUGGGAUUGAAACAAGUACAAACUUUAAGAUUGGUCUGAGGAUACUAUGUGUUAUUAAACAUUUCGCACGGUGUUGUUUGGGUGAUAGCGAGAAAAUUGAAGACAAUGCACAGGUUAAGAAGUUAGAAAUAUACAUUACCUUAAUUAGAAUAAAAUUUUACAUGGUAAGAUUUGCUGUUUCAUUGAAGACAUUGAAGGUAGUAGGUAGUAGGCAGGGAGGUACUACCGCCAGAGAAGGGGUGGACUUCUGGCGUGUGGUAACUCUUGUCAGUGCUGUGAUAAUCUUCUUUACUGCUGGACAUCUUGCAAAAAAUGUAUUCUUCCAUUAUACCACAGGAAUUAGUAUUGGAAUACUGGGGUCCCUUCUUAUUCUUGUGUAUAUUGUAGCAAGACUUAUUCCAAAGAAAUCUGGAGCAGUGACAUUAAUGAUUGGUGGUUGGGGCCUCACGGUUUACCUCAUCCAGUACUUGUGGCAAAAUUUUGUUUCCAUUGUUAAAGAGAAUCACGCUGUUGCAGUAGGGUAUGUGGUGGUAGCAGGUUUAAUCAGCUUUGCUAUGGUUUAUCGUUAUGGCCCACUAAGAGAUAAGCGUUCAAUCAACUUGGUUCAGUGGGCCAUGCAGAUGGUGGCCCUACUAGCAGUAUUUCUAAGUAGCCAGUAUCGUGAAGCUACUUUAGGACUCGUCAUUGUCAUGGUAACUUAUCAUAACAUUCCUGAUAAGUGGAAGUCCAAGUUUCAGACCUACUGGCGUCGACGAUUUCCUCCAAAAAUAAGAAAGUUAACCGAGGAAGAAUAUAUUGAACAGGCCAAUGAAGAAACCCGGAAAGCCUUAGAGGAGUUAAGAACACAUUGUCGAUCACCAAACUGUGAUGCUUGGAAAACAGUUUCAAAAUUAAAGUCACCACAAAGAUUUGUGGAGUUUGUUGGAAUUCCUCAAAAGAGGCAGAGUGUCACACCAAACACAGUCCAUAGAGAGAGAUUUGCUGAGUUUGUUGAAGGAGGUUCUCACUUGGAUGAUGAAGCAAUUCUGGCAUAUGAAAGUAAUCAAAGGACACCAACCCGUCACAAUGAAGAAGAGGAAGAUGAUCUGUACAUCACCACAGAUGAUGAAGAGGAAGAAUCAUAAAAAACCUUGUAAACUAAGACACUGUAGUUAGAGGAAGAAUAAGUAAUUUAGUUAAGUACAUCCCAACAACAUGCCUGUAAAUAAUUAAUAAAAUAUAGCUCAAAGUUAAUGUAGUCCAGUCACUGAAGAAAUUUUGUGCUUUCAAUUUUUAACACUCACCUUAUAUGGGUAGUAAUUUAUUACUUGUAAGGUCACCCACCCAAAUACUUUCCUGACAAAGCCAGCCUUAUCCAAGGGGCUAUUCUGAGGCAGGGACACUUUCCAUUCACUUUUCUGCAAAAACUGCAUCAGCAUGUAUUUUCCCAGUUGAACCAAGGUGUAUGGAACAAUCUCUGGCUCAUUAGUUGUUUCAAAAUUCAUCACGCUCAAAGGUACUCUUGGACAAACCCAGAACCUGUUCACUUAACUUAACCUUUUCAGUAAUAAACUUGGCUCACAAAUAUCAGUCCUUCCACUGUUCCCUGCUACUAUCAUUAUAUUGCCUGUACUGUUCUCCAUUUUCUUUUUCAUGGAAGUUGAGCCUAACUCUGACAUUUAAUUUAUUUUUACUUAACCGAGUGUGUUUGUUUACUUUGAGCACGAUUAAAAUGAUUGUGUUUAUGAGAUGAGCAGUACCGGUACCCGAUGGCAGAUCAGCCACGUGAUUCACUCUCUCAGUGUGAGAUGUAAAGUCCCGCACAUAAUAUUUUCAAUUUCUAUUUGAUAGGAACAGAAAAUGUUAAGAGGAACUGCAUUAUUUUUGUCAAUAGUGUCAACAAAUGAGCACAACGCUGUUUGACACUGUAACAAUUCAAACAAUAUACGGUACCCACUAAAUCUAAGCUUUCUUCUCUGUGAAUUCGGGUUUACUUACCUGCUAGAGGAUUUGCCUGAUUGUAAAUACGAGCCUAUUCAUAUAUAUGGCUCUUAAUGUGAUUGUUUUUAAUCCUGUCACAUAUGGGGAGAUGACUAUAUUGUGGUGUUUCUGUGCUUGUAGUAACUCAACAAGGAUUUUGGUCUGGAGUUUGGAUUGUUUCUUUUGGCUUAUUUUGUGUAAUAAUGGCCAGGUUUAGGAAGAAUGUUAGUGCUGAUCCAGCCUCAAGUUCUCCUCAGCUGAAAAGAUACAGGGUAAAGGCAAUAGUGUUGGUGUUACAGCGGUAACGAGCAUAACUCUCCCCAAUAUGUCAAGGGUUCGAGCCUCGCCUGGACACACGUGAGAAGGGUGUUAUCCAGUGUGACCCUACCAAACAUCACAGAAACUGCUCAAAUGGCUAGUAAGCUGAUAAGUGGUGAAUAUGAUAAAAAAAUAAGUAAAUAUAUAAAAAAUGUGUGUGUGGUUGGUGUGGAUGCUGCCUCUACCAUAUGCCCUGGUUUUGAUUGAGUUUGUAGUUGCUUAUGCAGUCUUUGCUGUAAUCCUUAUGAAUGACUUCCCUGCUUCAAAAUACUGUACUGUACCCUGUACUGAUAACCCCUCAGACAAGGCAGCUUGACCAAGGGGUGUUCAGGCAGGUAGUCUCACAGGUCAUUAGUGGUCUUUCCCCUAAUCAUGAAAUGGGAUUUCUUAAUUCACUUUUUUUUAUUAUUUAAUUGAUCUUUCUUAUUUUUUGUAUAAAAAACACAUUAUCAAGCAAAUAAGAAAUGUUGCACAGACAAUACAGAAAUGUGAAAGAUCUCUACCUCAUUCUAGUAAAUUACCCUUAGUGGUAUAGCUGUGAAUACAUACCCCUUUAUUUAUCUCGUGGCUGUGAAGUUUCUUUUUAAUUCUUAUAUAAUUUUAUAAGAAAAUGUAUUAGGUGUGAUCUGAUUGUUGUUCUCGGCGAGUAAUGCUCUGUAAAUACUGUACGUUUAAUUCAUAUGCAAAACUUUUUUUUUAAAAAUCAGGCAUGUUAUGAUUUUUGUACCUUACUUUGGUACAUUAGAUAGUUUGCUUUCUUGCUUGAGUUAAAAGUUAAUUAGAAUAGAUAAGGCUUUUUAUUUAUUUUUUACAUUUGUAUAGUACAUUACUGUUUUUAAAUGCCACUUUCUCAUGGUAAUAAUCCUUAAACAGCAGUUAUGUGCAAAAAAUGGAUUGCAGGGACAAUGACACAUCCAUUGAUGUUGGCCAUCAUCACCUCAGCAAACAUCCACUGAUGAUGGCUGCUGUUUAAGGGUUAAGUAAAAAACAAUAGAAAUAGAGAGAAAAGUAUGAAAGUUUAAAACAAUUGAUGAGAUAAAUAUUUUCAUGACAAAAUAUGAACUGGCCUUUUGGUUAACUGAUUAGUGAGUGUGUGUGUAAUUAUGCUUGCAAGGCACUGUACAAUAUUACUGAAUUUGAAAUAUGAAUUUGGUUUUAAACUGAAGAUGAAACACAAAAUAUUGUAAAAGAUCUACAGAUAACCCUCAAUUUUCAUGGUGGUUAUAUUCUUGAAAAACACUGUAAAAUGAAUACUAAGACCCUAUGGGCAACACAUGUAGAGGGUUAGGUUGCAGGCUCAUACAGUGAUCUUUCAUUUGAAACAUUAUCUGUAUAUUAAACAGUCUUAAUGAUAUUUAAAUUUGCUACUAUUUUUUAAUGAUGAUGAACUUGAUAUGAUGAUAAUGUUGAUGUUGAAGUCAAAAGUUUUAAGAUUUGCCUGCAUACCCUGGGGAGUGUGCUGUGGUGCUGGUGGUGAUGUCUUGCAGAUUCAACUCAUUUGAGCCAUGAGCUCUAGCAAGUCUGUCCAGCAUCUCCACUUUCUGUAUUAAAAGCAUCGCUUUUUCCUGCUUCUUCA